CUUCCGGAGGUCAAAGGUAACGUUCGUAUUUGAAAACAUGGAUUCCAAAAGAGGAGAUGAUGCAACAGGCAAGACAAGUGACGAUGGAGACAUUGCAUCUGUCAUGGGAUUCUCUGGGUUUGGUAAGAAAGCCCGCACAUUUGAUCUUGAUGCCAUUUUUGAGCAGACCCGGCGAACAGCCAUCGAGAGGAGUCAGCAUGUGUUAGAGGAGCGGCAGAAGGAGAUAGAGAUGAAGGAGGAAGGGGAAAGCUCCAAGUCAGUCAAACCGACAGUCCAGAGUCAGAGAGAAAAAGCUGCUUCUUCCAGAGUCCAGAAGAGCGACAGCAGCAGUGACAGUGGCUCAGAUUCUGAUUCAGACUCAGAGCUUAUCGGGCCACCGGUGCCUCCUCAGCAUGCAGCUCAGCAGGGUGAUGAUGAUGAUGAGCUCGUAGGGCCACCUCUUCCACCAGGUUACACAGGCAGCACGGCUCACAGUGAUGAUGACGAUGAUGAAGAAGGAGAGGCACAAGAUGACGACGAUGAUAAUCCAGUGAAAAGGAUUCCAGACACUCAUGAGAUCACGCUGCAGCAUGGCACUAAAACGGUGUCGGCUCUUGGCUUGGACCCCUCUGGAGCCCGCCUGGUGUCUGGUGGAUAUGAUUAUGACGUUCGAUUCUGGGAUUUUGCUGGGAUGGACCAGGCUCUGCAGGCCUUCAGAUCUCUGCAGCCCUGCGAGUGCCAUCAGAUCAAGGCCCUGCAGUACAGCAUCACUGGUGAUGUCAUGCUGGUGGUUUCGGGCAAUGCACAGGCCAAGGUGUUGGACCGUGACGGCUUCAGUGUCAUGGAGUGUGUGAAAGGAGACCAGUACAUUGUGGAUAUGGCUAACACAAAGGGCCACACAGCUAUGCUUAAUUGUGGGUGCUGGCAUCCCAAGAUUAAAGAAGAGUUCAUGACCUGCUCCAAUGAUGGCACUGUACGCACAUGGGAUCUGAAUUCAGAGAAGAAGCACAAGUCUGUGUUCAAGCCUCGCUCCUUCCAGGGUAAGAAGGUCAUCCCCACAUGCUGCACCUACAGCCGCGACGGAAAGCUCAUCGCAGCGGGCUGCCAAGAUGGCUCCAUCCAGAUCUGGGACAGAAACCUCAGUGUUCAUACAAAGUUCCACUGUCGGCAAGCCCACACCCCAGGAUCGGACACCUCGUGCCUCAGCUUUUCUUAUGAUGGCACGAUGCUUGCUUCACGUGGAGGCGAUGACACUCUCAAGAUGUGGGAUAUACGCAACUUCAGGAAGCCAGUGAAUGGAGUUAGUGGUCUGACCAACUACUUUUCCAUGACCGACUGCUGUUUUAGCCCAGAUGACAAGCUUCUGGUGACGGGGACGUCGGUGAAGAAAGAUGAAGGAAAUGGGAAGCUGGUUUUCUUUGACCGCAUUUCGUUUCAGAGGGUCUACGAAAUAGAUGUCACCAACGCAAGUGUUGUCCGCUGCCUGUGGCACCCAAAACUUAACCAGAUAAUGGUGGGAACUGGAAACGGGCUGGUUAAGGUGUAUUAUGACCCCGUUAAAAGUCACAGGGGGGCUAAGCUGUGCGUAGUGAAGAGUAAGCGCAAAGAGAAACACGCAGAGGCUCUUACACAAGACUACAUCAUCACACCUCAUGCCUUACCCAUGUUCAGAGAGGCCCGACAGCGCAGUACACGCAAACAGCUGGAGAAGGACAGACUUGAUCCAAAGAAAUCCCACAAACCAGAGCCUCCGGUGUCUGGACCAGGCCGAGGAGGCAGAGUCGCAGCUCACGGCGGCACGUUGUCAUCAUUCAUUGUGAAGAACAUCGCUUUAGAUAAAACGGACGACAGUAACCCGCGAGAGGCCAUCCUGCGUCAUGCCAAGGAAGCAUCAGAGAACCCUUAUUGGAUUGCUCCAGCAUACACACAGACCCAGCCAGAGCCCAUGUUUGCAGAGGAAUCAGAGGAUGAGGAGCCCGACCAAGAGCCAGAAUGGAAGAAACGCAAAAUCUGAGAGACUUCAGUGUCAGUUCAUUUUAUACAAGACAGCUGACAGGGUGGGCAAUUAGUCGCAAGACAGAAUUAUUGUUGAGAACUCAGCAAAGGAGCAUCAAUUAUGUUCCUAAAUUGUACAGUAUCUGCCCCCCUGACAACGCUGUGAAGCCUUUAUGUGUAUUUAUGUGCACUCUUCUGUGUCAAGGGGAAACCCAUAAAUCAGAAAGGAUUUUAUCAUAAAUAUCAUUUUCUUUAGGCUUAUGUUCCUCUUACUGCAAUUCAUAAACAGUGGAAAAACUUGGCUUUUUACGUCUGUUUAGAUUGUAUGUACUUUAUUUUCAUCGCUCCCAUUGUCCUCUCACCCCACAUCUCCAGCGUUUGCUAAUGCCUCGUAAAUCGGCUCCAGAUUUUGCGGUCUAGAGCUGUUUGUCAUUACGAAGAACAGUUUGCCACUUUGUACAAAGUAAAUUACUAAGAAGUACAAAAAAAAUCCAUCCAAAUUUACUUUGAGAUGUUUUAAAGGCUUUAACGUUUCUAAAGAUGUACUUUCUUGGUGGGUUGCGAUAUACAAAACUUUAUCCAAUCAUCUGUUUAUUUUAAUUUUUUUUUUUUUUUUUUUACACCCUCAAUCCCACCUAUCACCUUAAUACAAGACUUGCAUCCAAAUGUCACAUUGUAUAUUUUAUCCAAAGUGAAAUGGUUUUAAGAGCUGAUUAAAGGGAGAUCUUUGCCAGAUACCUUUUCUGUGCGGCUGUGGGUGUAAAAUACACAGCACACAGUCUUAUGCUUUAAAAACAAAAAAAAAUCCCAAACCUGUUUUCACUGGCUUCUUACAAAACAAAAUUGCAAGUACAACAAUUUUUAUCAUGUAAACCAUCGUUAUGUUGAAAGGGUAAAUUUCAGCAGUAUCCAACCACAUGUUAAACGCAGUAUAUGGAAGUUUACUCGGUAUGCAUCCCACGUUCACAUUUCAUUUCCAGCGCUGAGCUGAGAGUGUUUCUCAAACAGCUGUUCUCAAGGUGAACGAUGAACUUCUACAGUUGGAUUCCUUAAUUUCAUUGUGUUUCAUGGAGGUCCUGUUUCCCUGUGCAUUCAUACCUUUUUCUUUUCUUUAGCAAUCCUUUGAUUGACCUGGGUAGUGUCUAAAAUCCUUCAACUGACAGAGAAAAACCACAACAUACAGAGUUAAUGAAAGCCAUGUUUGUGUUCUGUGUACUGUGCAUCUCUCUGGAAUGCAUUGCCUGCCUACAACGCACUGGCUUUCCAAUGCAUCUAGUUUGUAACAAGAUUAGCCUGCAUAAUGACAAACAGGAGCCCUGCAAUAGGCUCGCGACCUGUCCACGGUGCAACCUAUGUCAGCUGGGAUAGACUCCAGCCCCAACCCCUAAGACCCUGAAUUGGACAAUAAAAUGAAUGAGUGAAUGUCAAAAAUGUACAUUUUUUUCCUCAGUAGCGUUGUAAUUUCUUGUCAACUAAUACUACACCUUUUUUAUCCAUA